AUGAAGGGGUUAGUGUUGCUAUGUCUGAUAGCGUAUGCAGUAGCAAAGGAUGAGUCACUCGGCACGGAUACCAGUGCAACAGAUGCCAAGGAGAAGAACUAUCGGAAAUACAUCGGGGAGAUGGACUACCGGCUCCCGUUCAAAACGCGUGUCAGUGAGGCAUUCACAGUUGGACAGACUAUCCACGCCGUUGGAACUCUUAGUGAUAAACCGACAAGAAUCGAUUUUAACUUCCACAAAGGUGCCGCUAAAGACGCCGAUCUUCCAUUGCACUUUUCGAUUCGAUUUGACGAAGGAAUCUUUUCCGGAAAAUUUGUCUACAACACAUUCAAAGACGGAAACUGGUCUGAGAACGAGCAACGUAUCUCAAAUCCCUUCAAAGCCGGUCAAGAAUUCGAUCUACGAGUUCGAAUCCUUGAAGGCAAAUUCCAGGUGUUCGCCAACCGCGUUGAAGUCGGCACUUUCGAACAAAGACAACCACUUGAUGGAAUCGACCACGUCUCGAUUCGAGGCGACUUGGUAAAACUGCGCCUGUUCCACUAUGGUGGUCGAAUUUUCCCCAACCCGUACAUGGCGGUAGCUGAGCUGAAACCCGGAAAGCGUCUUGACAUCUCCGCCCUACCCACAGGAAAACGAGUCAAUAUCAACCUCUACCGUGAGAACAAGGAAUUCGCACUCCAGGUAAUCCGAUAUUUUUUUGAAAAAAUUCGGAAUCGUCAUUUUUUUCCGAACCAUUCCAGUAGUGGAAAGCGAGAGGAACUUAGGAUACUAGUAGUGAAGCCAGUGCAGGAUUAA